CUCAUGGGAUCGUGAACGUUGAAUCUAUGUUAAUGUGUGGCUCGGUCUAUCUAUCUGUUUCGCUGUGGCUCGUGACCCCCUUUUGGGAAAGGAUGGGGCAUCCAAGGAUAUCGAUAAGCGUGCAUACGAUACGACAUUCGUUCAUCUCUUCGAUGGUGGUUCUUGAUUACCUACAAGCUACGAUAGCAAACUAUUCCUCGAUGAAAUAAUAUCAUAUCUUCAUGGAUAUUAUAUGGGGUACCGUCACAGCAUUUGUCGAACCCUCGUCUGUUCCUUCCCACCUCGGACUUUAUCAUGACUUCAUCCCCUUCGUUACCAUCACCCUUGAUAUCUAGGAGCCCAUCACCGGCAAGCAUCGUCGCAGUCAGAUCUUCGAUAUGGCCACUCCUAGUACUACUAACUCUCAUCAAUCUGGCAAACAGCCUUUACACCCUCCCGUUGAACCGAGUCGUUGAGCGUGGUCUCUGUAGAGAACAUUACGCCCAGCACGGCCCAGAUCCCACUUCAUUCCCAGACGGCACCAUCCCAGAGCAAUUCUGCAAGAUCGACGAGGUUCAGAAGCAACUAGCAUGGAUCCAAGGCAUAAUGGAAACCACACUCGUCGUUUGCGAUUUCCUGGUCACCAUCCCGUUCAGCUUUGUAGCUGAGAGUUUUGGCAUUCUAGUUGUCCUGUGGUGCAAUCUGAUCCCUAGGAUCUUUUUGUCAUUUUGGGCGAUUGUUGUUAGUAAUUUCGAACAUGUUCUACCCACUCGCGCCAUCAUUGCAGGCCCGUUCCUUGCCGUUUUCGGUGGAGACUGUGUCCUUCAGUCAACGAUCUUCACAUUGACCUCAGCAUUAGCAAAGGACCACGUCCAACGCGCGUCCUACUUUUCGUAUGUUUCAUCCAUUACCUACGUCGUCAACUUCAUCGGGCCUUCGCUCGCAUCUUUCACCAUGAGCCGAAGCUUAUGGCUUCCAUUCUGUAUCAAUAUCUUUUUGCUGGUCGCCGCAUUCCCAACCGUGAGACUUCUCUCGGUAAAUCGAACCAAGGGUCCACAGCGCUCGGAGGGAAGUGACGAUGAGGCCUUGUCCGAUGAAGCCAACCCACUCCUACCAGCACGCGAUAGCAGCCCCAGUCGAUACUACAAUGCCUUCGAGACAGCCGCCGGACCGCUCCAGAAUAUGAUGUCAGUCAUCAGGAAACUGGUCUGUCUAGUAAAGGGACGUCGAAAUUUCCAGGUCAUGUUGGCGUCAUUUUUUCUUACAGCGCUGGCGAGUUCUGACACUAAACUUCUUGUUCAAUACAUCUCUAAGCGUUACAAGUGGACAUUUGCACAGGCUGGAUACAUGCUCUCGACGAAAGCGCUAGUCAACGUCGUCUUAUUGACAGUGAUAAUACCACGGAUCGUGCGAAGCUCCCUACCUUCCAAGUCAAUCCAAGGCUCCGAAGUUCGCUUCAACUACCUCUGUGCAGAAGCUAGCAUCGCCAUCUCUGUGGUUGGGGUAUUGUUUGUGGCUUUUGCGGCCGAAAUAUGGCUGCUCCUCACAGCCCUUGUUAUGUAUGCCAUGGGAUCUGCACUUCCAGUCUUCACCAUGUCCCUCGUGAAAUCUCCCCUCAUCACAACGGACACCUCAGACAUCCAAGAUUUCAGCAUCGUGAUGCUUACGAAGACGCUGGGAUCGCUGGUCGGUGCGCCUCUCAUGACCGUUCUCUGGGUGCAAGCGAUCAAAAUAGGUGGCGCCGGCCUGGGACUGCCGUACUUUGUCUCCGCGUGUAUUUAUGUCGCUGCUGCGGUGGUUGUUACGAGGCUCGAGUUCUGAUCCUGAAGAACAUCAGCGAUAGAACAAGAUAGGUACUUCACCUACUAUUGCCCACCACCAUGACUUGAGUGUGCGCAUGAGUCUUUGGACAUUGGGUAACGGGGCACCCAUGUGCUCAUAACGGAGAUGACACAAACUAGCCGCUAUUGUCGACAAUUAUGCCCUUGAGGAUUUCACAGGAGUCAGGCUUCCUUUCUGUACCGUUCUAGGAUGAUUUUAUGUGCAUAUAUGUGUAUAUAUAUCAUGACUUUUGGUAAUGCAAUGAUUGGCAUUAGACUUUCAUACGUUGUGUAAGUAAAAUAAUUGUGUAUAUAUUUUCGCAAGGAAUGAAAAGUAGAUACCAUCUGGAUGAAGAAUCUAAAA